AUGGUGCUAGAUUUGGGCAGCAAUAGUUUGGAGGGAACAAUCCCACUAUGUUUGGGUGAGAUAAGUAUCCUUCGGAUUUUGGAUUUAAGCAACAAUAGUCUUAGUGGGACAUUAAAUACAAAUUUUAGUAUAGGAAAUUAUCUUGGAGUCAUUAAAUUUGACGGGAAUAAGCUAGAGGGGAAAGUCCCGCAAUCUUUUAUCAAUUGCAAAUAUUUGAAAGUUCUCGACUUAGGUAACAAUGAAUUGAAUGACACAUUUCCUGAAUGGUUGGGAGCCCUACCUGAGUUGCAGCUAUUAAACUUGAGAUCAAAUAAGUUUUAUGGCCCUAUAAAAGAUUCAAGGACUGACAACUUGUUUGCUCAAAUUCGAAUCAUAGAUCUCUCAUCCAAUGGAUUUAGUGGAGAUUUACCAGUGAGCCUUUUCGAGAAUUUUGAAGCCAUGAAAAUAAUUGGUGAGAAAAAUGGAACCCGUGAGUAUGUAGCAGAUUAUUUUUCUGAUUUUUACUCAAAUUCCUUUAUAGUGACAACAAAAGGACUGGAGCUUCAAUUUCCUCGAGUUUUGACUACAAACAUAAUCAUAAAUCUCUCUAACAACAAAUUUGAAGGUCAUAUCCCAAGCAUUAUUGGAGAUCUCAUUGGUCUUCGUAGGUUAAACUUAUCUCAUAAUUGCUUGGAAGGUAUUAUACCAGCAUCGCUGAACCAAUUAUCUGUACUUGAAUCAUUGGAUCUCUCAUCCAACGAAAUCGGCGGAGAAAUUCCACAACAGCUUGCAUCCCUCACAUCACUUGAAGUUUUAAAUCUCUCUCACAAUCAUCUUGUUGGAUGCAUCCCCAAAGGAAAACAAUUUGAUACGUUUGAGAAUAGUUCAUACCAAGGGAAUGAUGGGUUACGUGGAUUGCCACUCUCAAAAGAUUGUGGCGGUAAUGAAGGGGUACCUCAAGCAACAACUCCAAAUGGGCUAGAUCAAGAAGAAGAAGGAGAUUCCUCAAUUAUAAGUUGGAAGGCGGUUUUCAUGGGUUAUGGUUGUGGACUUGUUAUCGGACUGUCCAUAAUAUACAUAAUGUUGUCAACUUAA